GCCUGAGGGUUGAAUUGAACCGGGGUCCGUGGUGCUAUGAGGCAACAAUGCUAACAACUGAGCCUUUCUCGUGGAUUUUCUCAAGAGCAGUGGGAGCCUUUCAAAAAGGAAAUUGUGGAAGUGAAGGCCAACAUCUUUGUGGAAAAACUGCGUGAAACAUUCCAGGAACUCUGAAUUUACAGUGAGGGCCAUCGCACUCUAGGAGGGAUGUUUUCGCACCUGAGAGAGUGCAGAAGAGCUUCACUAGGUUGGAGCAAUUCAGCUAUGUAGAGGGCUUAUAGAGGCUGUGGCUGUUUAUCUUUGAGCAAAGAUUGAGAAAUGACUUGAUUUAAGUACAAAAUUAUAAAGAGCAGCAUUAGGUGCAUACAUUUAAGAGGGGUUAAGAAGUUUAGAGGUGAUUUAAGGAAGUUUUUCUUUCAGCUGCUGAGUGGCAGGUAUCAGAAUAUCAGUACCUGAAAGUGCUGUAGAAAUGGCAGCCACCUCACUAUUGGAGAAAUACUUCGAUUGAAUCUUUUUGAAGCUCGCUUGGCAUGAGGGGAGGUCUACAUCUUGGAAAUGGUACUAGAAUAGAUGGAACAAAAACAAAGUGUUGUAGAAACUCAGCAAGUUGUAGGAGGGUUACUGAGUUUGAAGUAUUAGCUCUGAAGCCAGACCUGUUGAAUUUCUUAAGGACUUUACAGUUUUGUCUCCGGUCACCAGCCUGCACGUGUCAGAAGGCCAAAGGGCCUUAUUUCUUGCUGUAAAAACAAUUAGCUGAGCCCUUCGGCCCCUUGCAGCCCUGCUGUGCUGACCAGGUUGGGUGUGAAUAAAGGCCCGCCCCCUUGGUGUGGGGUCAGAGGUCGCCGAACCGCUUGCUCAGGGCCAGAGGCCAUGGCGGCGGUUCUGGUUCCUUUUGGGGCCGUGGCUCCGGCCCGCGCCGUCCCCUUCUUCCUCCUCCUCCUGCUGCUGCUGGCGGGGGCCGCGGUCUGUGAGCGGCCCGCGACCCGGGCGGAAGUCCACAGUUUGCGGGGUAACACCUGGAAAGUCCGCAACGCGAACGGGAGCGUCCGGCUGUCGGGAGUAACAGUCCCGGGGAAUGUGCACAGUGCCCUGUGGUCCCGGGGCUGGAUUGAGGAUCCUUAUUAUAGGUUUAACGAUGAUACCUAUAGAUGGAUUGUGUUGGACAAUUGGACAUAUAGUCGAAUGUUUACGUUACCACCCAAUGUCAGUAAAUGGAACAGAAUAAAUCUAGUUUGUGAUGGACUCGAUACUGUUGCAACAGUCCUUAUCAACAAUAUCACAGUUGGGACAUCAAACAACAUGUUUAGUCGAUAUACCUUUGAUUCUACUGAUGUGAUCAGAGAAAGAAACUUCAUCGAAGUCCGCUUUUUAUCUGCAGUCUCUUAUGCAGCACAGCAGAGUUCACAGCAUAACAAAUACCCAGUGCCUCCUAAAUGCCCUCCUUUACAACAAAGAGGAGAAUGUCACGUCAACUUUAUCAGAAAGGAGCAGUGCUCUUUCAGCUGGGACUGGGGUCCGUCCUUUCCCACACAGGGUAUCUGGAAAGAUAUAAGAAUUGAGAUGUUCAAUAUCUGCCACCUGACAUAUCUCACAGCAGCUACUAUUUAUGAUGAAAAAGCGCAGAAGUGGUCUCUGGAAGUAGAGAGUUUUUAUGAUGUUGUUUUCUUCGAGCCAAUUGAAGGUGAGCUGACGGUUAGCAUUCCAUCUUUACGAACACAACAAACUUACAAAAUAGUUCUUGCAAACAAAGAAGACAGCAGAAGUAAAGUCAAAUUGGACAUUAAUCAGGAUACCUCUGUUGAUCUUUGGUGGCCCAUUGGUUAUGGUAAUCAGACUGGUUACAACUUGACUGUUACUUUCACAAUCAGCAGGAAAUACCACAUUGAAAAGUCUAUUAUGGUCUAUUUCAGAACAGUGGAGCUGAUACAAGAACCAGUAUCAGGGUCUCCUGGACUAAGCUUUUAUUUUCGGAUAAAUGGGCUCCCGAUAUUUCUCAAGGGUUCAAACUGGAUUCCUGCAGAUGCCUUUCUGGACAGAGUGACAUUUGAUGUAUUGGAAAACUUGUUGCAGUCAGCUGUUGAUGCUAAUAUGAAUGCAUUAAGAGUCUGGGGAGGAGGAGUGUAUGAGCAAGAUGAAUUUUAUAAUCUGUGUGAUAGACUAGGCAUUAUGAUUUGGCAAGAUUUUAUGUUUGCCUGUGCACUUUACCCAACAGACCAAAGCUUUAUAAAUUCCGUGAAGGCAGAAAUUACUCAUCAGAUCCGUCGACUAAAAUCCCAUCCAUCCAUUAUAAUCUGGAGUGGAAAUAAUGAAAAUGAGGCUGCACUUGCAUCAAAUUGGUUCCAUAUUCCAUCAUCAAACAUCACACUGUAUCUGAAUGACUAUGUUAAUCUCUAUGUUAAUAACAUUCAAGAAAUUGUGCUUGAGGAGGACAGGAGUCGUCCUUUUAUUGCUUCAAGCCCCACAAAUGGAGAGGAAUCUAUUCGGGAGAAUUGGGUUGCUAAGAAUCCAUACGAUGUCCAUUAUGGUGAUGUUCAUUAUUAUAAUUACAUAGCAGACUGCUGGGACUGGACUCAUUUUCCAAAGACACGAUUUGCAUCUGAAUACGGCUUCCAGUCGUGGCCAUCCUUCUCUACUUUAGAGAGAGUUUCUUCUCCUGAAGACUGGUAUUACAAUAGCUCUUUCACCAAUCACCGACAGCAUCAAGUUGCAGGCAACAAGAAUUUGCUGUAUCAAAUACAGAUUCACUUUAACCUUUCUCACGCAAAGAAGACACCCCUGCAAAGCUUUAAAGAUACACUUUACCUUACUCAGGUAAUGCAAGCCGAAUGUAUAAAAGCCCAAACUGAAUUCUACCGUCGAAGUCAAAGUGAGAUAAUUGAUGGUCAAGGAUUGACGAUGGGAGCGUUAUACUGGCAGCUAAAUGAUAUCUGGCAGGCUCCCUCCUGGGCUUCCAUUGAAUAUGGAGGUAAAUGGAAGAUGCUUCAUUACUUUGCACGGAAUUUCUUUGCUCCUGUUUUGCCAGUAGCUUUUGAAGAGCAUGGAACACUUUUGAUCUAUGGUGUUUCUGAUUUACCUUCAAACCUUAAACUCAUUCUUCAGAUUAAGGUUUACCAGUGGAAUUUGAUGAAACCAGUGUGUGUUUAUGCCACUGAGUCAUUUAUUCUUAAGGCAAGGACUUCAGCCCCUGUUUACAAGGAAGUCACUGAUGAUCUGCUGAGGCGAUGUGACUGCAGCAGAUAUAACUGCAUAGUAACGUUUUAUCUUGAAGAAAAUGGCCAACAGCUUGGACCUUCAAACUAUUACUUAUUAUCUUCUUUAAAAGAUGCUCAGAUGCUCAGAAAGCCACACGUUAAUGCCACCAUCAGUCAGCAAGGAGAGACGUACUGGAUCACUCUAAAGGCUUCAAGUAUUGCCCCUUACGUCUGGCUGGAUGUAGGUAGUAUCCCGGGAAGAUUUAGUGAUAAUGGCUUCCUCAUGUUGGAGAACAUCAAGCUGACGACUUUUCACCCAUGGCACCCAACCAACAUUUCAGAAUUGAGGAAAUCGCUACGUGUUCACUCACUUCUGGACAUUUAUUGAUAAUGAAUGAGGGUAGAGAGUGCCUGAUGUGCAUAAUCUACAUGGAGACUUUUUGUGGAACUAAUCCAUCAAAGAGGACAUAAUUUGAAUGAAACUGAAUUGAAAUUGACAAAAAUGAUGAAGAUUGUUAAUUUUCUGUUAUUCUUGUUCAGAAUUGGGCUUGUUUGAAACUAAGGAAAGGAAAAGGUUGUUUUGUUUCCAGUUAUGAAGUAAUUUUAUAUUCAAUUCAGUUAAAGAACAAUGCAGUGUUUUCUUGGUAUACGUUUUGUAUUGACUUUGAUCAAUGAUACAAAGUCCAACACAAAAAUAUCAGUGUAUGUUGUAAAUAUUUAAUUUGCACUUCAGUAUUUGGAAUACCUUCUUACCCAAAAUCAGCUUCUUUGGACUCACCACCAGCCUGGGUGAGUAACACCUACAAUACCAUCCAGGAAAAAGCAAUCCACAUAAGCCACAGGCUUUUAACUAAAGAACUAAUUGUUCAAUAUAAUGUUUAAAUAAAAAAGUAUGUGUAUAAAUGUUUUUAUUAUAAAAUGGUACUGUUUAAAUGCAAAUGCCAAAAAAAGGACUGUGUUCAAGGUGGCUUGUCUCUCAGAAAGGUUCAGUGAAUUAAUGAAAUAAAUACUUUUCAUCAACUUCUAUUAGGUUGUUGAUUCCA